AUGCAGCAUGAUUGUCUGUACCAUGCCACUGCUCCUAUUGAUGAUAAGAAAAUACCUUAUCAAAUAAUUCGAUAUUGCCUGAGCGAGUGGGCAUCAGAAUGGAAUAUAGAGAACAAUCGUGAUCAAAAUUUCACUUUUUCCGAACUACGCCAUCGAAAUAUUACUAGUCAACAAUUAUAUCUUUGGUCGGCACCCAUUGAUCUUAUUGAACGUUACCAAUUCUACUUAAAUCAACCAUUGAAUUCAACAAAAACAGACAUAGAGACUGAACUCUUCUAUAAUUGUACAUUUCCAUGGUUUGGUCCAGUCUGUCAGUAUAUGUUCGAUCAAUACGACCCUUAUCAUUCAUCGUUUGCAGAGAUGAUUCGUGAUUUCUAUCAAAAUGGAAAUGAUAUGAACUCGUUAACAUGUUAUAUGCAUUUACAGUGUAAUCGUGGUACGCCUUUGAUUUGUCUCGACUGGACUGAUAUUUGUAAUGGAAUCAUUGAUUGUCUUGAUGGAGGACAGGAUGAAGAAGAUUGUUGGCAACUUGAAGUUAACGACUGUCUAGAUACCGAAUACCGAUGUGGUAAUGGGCAGUGUAUACCCAAAGAUUUCUAUCGGGAUGAUGAUUAUAAUACUGGCGAUAUGAUGAAUCCCGACUGUCUCGAUGGAUCUGACGAACUGUUUGACGAUAAUAAACGUAAUAGGUGUGGCAAACGUGAACCAACAUUUCAGUGCGAAGAAGCCACAUGUCGUAUUACACCAACAAUUGAUACCCGAGAAUUUAAGACAUUGUCAUCAAGUUCCUGUAUCAAUGAACGCGGCAAGUUACUCAUGCAAGCAAUGCUUUCAGUUAAAGAAAAUUCGGUGAACGAUACAUGUUGGCGUGCACUCAUGUGCAGCGCUUUUACUCUAAUGACAAUUUGUGAUGGUUUCACCGAACUAUGGCCAGUAACUAUCGAAGGUCGAGAAGAAACAGACGAAACACAAUGUGAACAAUGGCCAUGCAACAAUAUAUACACGCAUUGCGAUGGAAUUUGGAAUUGUCUCAAUGGAUCUGAUGAACUUAAUUGUAAUACUACGUUGCCACGAUCCAAUUGUACGUCUCAUCAGCAUCUGUGUGUCUCACCCAUAACAAAUAAAUUCAUGUGUUUACCUAUUGAGCAAGCCAAUGAUAACUUUACUAAUUGUCUUGGUGCAACU